AUGCGUUUCACUCAAUUAUCUCCGGAAUGUGAGGCCCUCAGACAGCAAAUCAAAGCCUUGGUCCCUACAACCGCCAUUCGUGAUGACCAAAUCAACAGCAUCCGUGGAGCACUCAUGUCAUCCGAGAAAGCAGAUGGAUCUAAGCUUUACGGAGGAUACGACAUCCAUUUUAAGCUUGCACAUAUGGCUGUCAAAAUGCGCGACAUGGUCUACAAGGUCGUCUCCUGGCCCGAUACCCCUGCCUUUUCAUUUGCCGAGGAAAGAGGAUUCGUCAUUCCAUUGCACGAAUUUCGUGCGCUGACUGGACUUUCCAGGAAGGUUACAUGGUCCAGUUAA